AUGAGCGCGGAGGAUGAUGGUGGACUGGGACGAUUCGGGACAACAAACAAUUAUCUGUUUGUAUUCAUGAUUGUGGGCCUCAUAACCCUGUUUCCUUUGGUGAUAUUAACUGCUGUGAUCACUUUCAAAGCUAAUAUGCCUCGAGUAUGUCGUUUCGUUUGUCUCUGUGCCACACUGACCUUGGCAUCAGCCGUAGCAGCUAUGCUACUCCUGUAUUUCGCUCUGGGACCACUUGAUCUGAAUCUCACUCGGGGAGACCAGAUAAUGGAGGGCCAAUUGACGGACGGACGUGUGAUGGGAGCGCACCGUGUACGAGCAUGGGCCUGUGAAAGUCUGUCUAUCUAUGCGAAUCGUUUGGGUGUGGUCAUGUGGGCAAUCAGUGUCUCGCCAAAUCGGGGCCCCGCGGAGAAUCACAGUGUGACACUGCAGAACUGGUCGCUGCCAGCGCAACUACGUUUUCGUCUGAACAGAGGGGAUGAAUUUGGCAUCCGGAACCAGACAGGACCGGUCACGGUAGUGGCCCUGAAAAGUAUGGGGGAAUACGAGAAGUGGAACAAAGCCGGCGUGUACCAACCGGGCUACGAGAAGUGUUGUGCUUGGAAUGUGUUUGAACCGAACACUUCGAACCCACGAAAGCUAACCGCUGAUGCCGAUGACGUUUACUCUUUGAUCAUUCGUGAACAGUACGAGUUCCGAAGUACACGGGAUAUCGGGUCUCACAACGAAACCUUGUUCAAUGGAGCAGUUGAGUUUAAUCGAGUCAGAUGGGUUCCGACACCGUGUGAUCCUAUCAUCUGUGACGGCACCUUGCGUACUUGUCGAACUGGAAAUACACCAGAACGCUACAUAAUUGAAUAUGCUCUGCAUCCGAUGAGUGCCCCACCUUAUGAUGUAGUCGACAUUCGCAUUGUGUGUCNUCACCCAAGGCAUUGGGCCUUAGGCAUGUUGUUUAGCCUUGUGCCGUUGCUCAUCGUCUCAAUGGCACUGGCUGUUUGGCGAUAUCGCGUUAAACAGGCAAAACAAUUGCAGUACAUGAACAAUGAACUGGAACACACACCUCAACCGAUUUUUCAGAACAGUCAAUCAAAUAAAUACAAUGAAGCUUAUCACGCGCAAAAUCCGGCAUUCGAACUAGAUCUCGUCUAG